CUCCUUAGGCACAACCUGGUGUUUCAGGACAGCCAAUUGUACCGCAGUCUCCUCAACCUGAAGCUGACAAGGGUUAUCUGAAGGACCAUCACCAUGUGGCCAGUGAUCCUCUUCUCCAUCUACUUUCUGAGAAUUUCAUCAGCCUGCGAGUCCCCCCAAAAGACUGGCAUAGUCUGCAGGUUGACAAAGCCAGCAGCACUAGUGUUGAAUGAAAAGACUACAGAAGUUAUCCAGGCCGCCUUCAGACAUGCAAGUUUUCCGAACAUCACUGGAGAAAAAUCGGUCAGCUUUUUGGGGAAAGUGACCUAUGGUUUAACUAAUAUCCAGAUAAGUAAUUUGUCGAUAGAGAACAGUGAAGUGGAGCUGAAAGAGAAUGAUGCUAUUGAAAUUAUGAUCAAAAACGUCAGUGCAUCUUUCAAAGGAACUCUGAACUAUGGAUAUGGGGCCUGGUUUGUGAAGGUUGAACAGUCUAUUGACUUUGAAAUAGUUUCUUCUACAGAUUUACAAGUGAACACCAGACUUACUUGUGAGAAUAACCGUAUUGCUGCGGAUACUUCUGACUGUUACCUGACUUUUCAUAAACUGCUCCUUCACCUCCAUGGGAACAAAGAACCUGGGUGGUUUAAGCAGCUGUUCACAGAUUUCAUUUCAUUUACCUUAAAGCUUGUGCUUAAAAGUCAGAUUUGUAAAGAAAUCAAUUACGUGGCAAAUAUCCUUGCCAGUUUCAUCCAAGACAAAGCAGAAAACUUCCUGAGUUUUGAAGAUAUUGGCGUAAAUAUUGAUAUCACGUCUUUGCCGGCAAUAAAAGAGAACUACUUAGAGUCCCACCACAAGGGUCAUCUGGCCUAUAAGAACCUCACUGUUUUCUACAAUGCCUCCACAUACUCCCCGUCACUUCUAUCGGACAACAGGAUGCUCUAUUUCUGGUUUUCUGAACAGCUGCUGGACUCUCUAGUACUUGGAUAUUUUCUUGAUCAGCGUUUGGCAGUGAAUCUAACAGGAUCUGAGCUACAGGAUAUGCGUAACGAAGAUAAAGUAGAGAGCCAUCAGGAAAUCCUACAAGAGAUCUUCCAAGAACAUCCAGUGAAACAAACCGCUAUAAAAGUGUGGAGUGUCACAGCCCCGAACAUCAAAAUGACACCAAAGGGGACUAUUGUUACCGCUUUGGUUGCUGUCCAGAUUAACACCCCUUCCUCAACAGAGUUAUAUUUUGAAGCGGAAACCGUUACUGCCACCCAGGCCUCAUAUGCAGACAGAAAUCUGAUGCUGCAUCCAUCUGAUACUUUAGUUCAUAUUAAAAAUGUCAAGAGUUGUCUGACAGCUUCUCUGAAUGAAGAACAGAUGAGUCAGUUUCUCCAAACUCUGGUGUCUGAAUUUGGGAUUCCAGUUGUAGCGAAACGUUUGGGGUCAGCUCUGACAUACCUGAUGGACAGUAAAGGCCUAAAAAUAUUUGAAAUUAUAAAUCCUGAAAUACUCCCACAUGAAGGUUAUAUAUUAGUACAGUUGGAUUUUGGGUUUCCACAACAUUUGCUGGAGGAGUUCCUGAAAAAGGCCCUGUAGAAGAUGAAACCAAGACCAAUGUUACUCCGCCAUCACAUUGUUUAAGCUGUGCUCAUUCAGUAAUUUGUCCCAUUUGAUGCCAGGGGUUUUUGGGCACUUUGCAUCUCAGGAAGCAAAGUCAGUCUUGACAUUUACAUAUAAAACUAAAAUAGCAAAAUAAAAUAAAAAAUCAUACUAACCUCUGCAUACCUAUAUCUUUUCUGGAAGUAGACACUUUGCAUAUUUUUUAAAUGUCACUCAGCUGUUUAUACACACAGAUGCUUUUAUGCAAUUCUGUGUCAGUGUAAAAAGAAAAUUGAUACCGUAAUUAAGGUUAAAAGUUAUAUACCCCAUGCCUCCUAAAAAUAAAUGUUCAACAUAUGCACAGUCUCAAAUAUAAUUGCUGCAAUGUUUCAACCCACUCAAUGCUUGAAAAAGACACCAUUUAGUGAGUUGAAAUGCUGCAGCAAUUUUGUAUGGAUUAAUUGGGUGAAUAAAUUACAUUUUCACUUUAGACAUAUGUCUACAUGCACAUAUCUUCAUAAAAACCACUGGAACUGGGGAGAAUAUAAAUCUGGUUUUAAGCUGAAAUUUUUAAAAGUGUAACAGCCUAUUAAAUAAAGAGAUAACA